AUGGGGACGUCAGCUGCUGGACCGUCUGCCCGGUUCCUUGGGCUGUUCGCGGUCGCGACGUGCCUGCUCUGGAGCACGGCCUCCGGCUUCUCGGCGUCCGGCGUCAGCAGGGCCUUCGCCACCUUCUACGGCGGCAGCGACGCCUCGGGAACCAUGGGUGGGGCAUGCGGGUACGGGAACCUGUACUCGACGGGGUACGGCACGAGCACGGCGGCGCUGAGCACGGCGCUGUUCAACGACGGCGCCUCCUGCGGGCAGUGCUACCGGAUCAGGUGCGACUACGCGGCGGACCCGCGGUUCUGCAUCCGCGGCGCGUCGGUGACCAUCACGGCCACCAACCUCUGCCCGCCCAACUACGCGCUCCCCAACGACGACGGCGGCAUCGUGCCGGUCCUCUACCAGCGCGUGCCCUGCGCCAAGAAGGGCGGCGUCAGGUUCACCGUCAACGGCCACGACUACUUCGAGCUCGUGCUCGUCAGCAACGUCGGCGGCGUCGGGUCCAUCCGGUCGGUGUCCAUCAAGGGGUCCAGGACGGGGUGGAUGCCCAUGUCCAGGAACUGGGGGGUCAACUGGCAGUCCAACGCGCUGCUCACCGGCCAGAGCCUCUCGUUCCAGGUCACCAGCACCGACGGCCACACGCUCACCUUCCCCAACGCCGCUCCCGCCGGCUGGGGCUUCGGCCAGACCUUCGCCACCAACAAGCAGUUCUCUUAA